GGCGGACUAGUUACUCGUCUGGACGUUGUGCAUAAUGGAAAUCUUCCUGACCACCGUGAGCAUUACCCUUUUGUGCUCCCACGCCUUCGCUGCGAGUAGCUACUUGGGACUUGCCCACGGGACGCCACUCGGAGGAUUUUCGCAACACGGUUUCAUCCCCGGUGGUCUUUAUAACAACGGUGCAUCCCUUGUCAACAACGGACUACCACUGGGACAUUUACCAGGACCGAUAUACGGAAAUGGAGGCUACUUGGACUACGCAUACGGCACUGGUGCACAUUUUGGAAAUCCAUAUGGAAAAGCAAGGUUUCUCAAAUACUUAUACGGAAACCGACUAGGACUUGUCAACCCAUUUGGUGGAGUUAGCGAGGCUGAGGAUGAAAGAUCGUCUGGCUCUGGAUCAGAGAGCGCGCUUGGUUCUACAAAUGGCGCAGAUUUUCUUUCCAACAAUCAAAACGUGGAUUCCACUCGAACUGGAAUUCGUGGUUUACAUUCCAGUCCUAUUGCUGGCUUGGGUGGCUUCCCUUCCGCUCUUCUUCCUCACACUUCCAGUGUUGCUUUAAGAACUUACCCUUAUGCUCUUGGACCUCACACUCACAUUGCUGGUUUCGGAGGAUUCCCUUAUGGUGCUGGACAUCACACCUCUGUUGCUUUUAGUGGAAUCCUCCCUAAUGUUGGAGCUGCAGGCGCAUUCCCUUAUGGUCUUCAACCUCACACCCCUAUUGAUUAUUUAACUGGAUUCCCUUAUGGUGUUGGACCUCACUCUCCCAUUGCUGCUUCAACUGGAUUCCACACAGGUCUUGGGCCUUACACUUCAGUUGCAGGUCUGGGUGGACUGUCUCCUUAUCUUGGACCGUACGCUGCUGGUGCUGGUUUUGGCAGACUCAACGCAGCUUUUGGACAAAAUACCCCCAACGCAGCCAACAUGUCUUCAGGGAACAUGGAAGCACAGAACGAGUGACCAGUUAAGACAGAAGAUAUCUGUAUGAUAAUAAAAUGACUUCCAA